AUGUCGCUUCUCAGGAAGGACUCGUCUCAGCCUCCAAGCUCCGUAGGCGUGGGGAAGACCCUCGUUUCCGCGGGCCUUGCUGUCGCGCUGCUUGCGCGAGCUGCGCGGGGAGGGGGCGCGGAAGGGGCCAAGGAAGGUAGAGGGAACGCAGCGGAUGGGGAAAGGGGCGUGCAGGGGGAAACUGCGGUGAAUUGGGGAGACUUCCAUUUGGAGUAUGUGAAGCCACUGCAGACAGGGUACCCUGAAGAUUCGGAUGCUCGCCUGGUGAUGCUCGCUGCUGCACACUGCGCUGGCAGCGGCAGCAGAGGCAGUGAGAUCAGCGCAACAGCCACCACCACCGGCGACAAUACUACCAACAGCAACAGCAACAGCAGUACCAGCAGUGAUGAUAGUGCGGGCAGCACAAUUGCUUCCCACUCGUCGUCCCUGCACUUCACUCUGCAUUCCCCUAACUACUCUGACGCCCCCUCCACACACACCAUCUCCUCUCACUCUCCCUCGCCCUCUGCAGUGGCACAAUCCCCUGCCCGUAAUCACCCCUCGUUACAGUCACCUACCCCCACAGUGUCGCUCACCUGCUCCACCCUCUGGGCUUGGAAGGACCCUGUUUCUCCCCACCUGGCUGCCCGGGAAAGCCGGGCAGCUGUGCUAAAAUCCCCCGAGAGAGGAGAGGGAGGGGGAGAGGGAGCGGAAGCAGGUGAGGAGGGAGGGGAAGGGAUGGGGGAGGAGGCGGCAGAUGCUGCUGUGGUGGACGCACUUCGAUCGUAUGUUAGCUGCAGUAGGAGCAGCAGCAGCGACAGCAGUAGUGGGGACAGCAGUAGCGUAAGCAGCGGCAGCGGCGGCAGCAGCAGCGGCAGCAAUGGUAGAUGGGUUUUGAUCGAGACAGCAGGGGGCAUGGCGAGCCCUGGACCCUCGGGAACCCUGCAGGCAGAUUUGUACAGACCUCUGCGCCUGCCUUGUAUUCUAGUGGGAGACGGGCGGCUGGGCGGCAUCUCGGUCACUGUAGCAGCGGUGGACAGCCUGGCGGGGCGGGGGUAUGACGUGGCAGCAGUGGUGGUGUGUGGGGACGAGGAGGGACGCCUGGAUAACGCAGAUUACCUAAAGACAUAUUUGAGACCGAGAGGGAUCCCAGUCAUCUCCUUGCCUGCCCUCCCAUCGUUACCACCAUCAGUGUCUGACCCGAACUCACCCUCCUCCUCCUCCUUCUCCUCCCCCUCUCUCGCCUCCUCUCCUUCCUCAAGCCCCUCUACCGCUUUCCAAACCUCCUCUUACUCCACGCUCAACCCGAACCUCAUUGACUGGCUCGGCAUAUCGGAAGGAAGCUUCCAGGAACUUGUGCUAAUGCUGGAACAGUACCACGGGGAGAGGUUGCGGGCACUUGAACGGGCAGCUGAAAGGGCACAUGAAAUUCUCUGGUGGCCGUUCACCCAGCAUGGCAUGGUGGGAGUGAAAGAUGUGUCAGUCAUCGAUUCCCGGGCAGGAGAAAACUUUUCCGUCUUCCGGCCGAACCAGACCAAGGUCCGGACAGACCCACAGUCGGACAAACCUACCGAGGGUCGGGCCGAGCCUCGGGGGGAGGUUCGGGAAGAGGAUCGGUUGGAGGAGUGGUUUGAUGGGUGUGCGAGCUGGUGGACCCAGGGGCUGGGCCCUGUGUUGCAGGGGGAGCUAUCGAGGGAGAUAGGGGCUGCCAUGGCCCGAUACGGGCAUGUCAUGUUCCCUGAGAAUGCCCAUGCUCUGGCUUUGGAGGCUUCUGAACUGCUGCUGAAGGGCGUUGGGAAAGGAUGGGCCUCGCGGGUGUUUUUCUCAGACAACGGCUCCACAGCCAUCGAGGUGGCGCUCAAGAUGGCAUUCCGCUCCUUCUGCGCGCGAAACGGCGUGGGAUCGGAUGGUCUUGCAGAUCUCAAGGUGAUUGCCCUGACUGGUUCGUACCAUGGUGACACGCUGGCAGCCAUGCAUGCCCAGUCACCCUCCCCGUACACCUCCUUCCAGCAGCAGCCAUGGUACGGAGGCAAGGGCGUGUUCCUUGACCCGCCAACAGUGGAGUACUCCCAAGGUCAAUGGCUUGUCGUCCUGCCCCCCUCACUCUCCUCCUCCUCCACCACCCCUCCCACCACCCACCUCUCCUUCCAAUCACGAACAGCAGUCUUCCACAGUGAAAGGGACUCCUCCCCUCUCGCCUCCAUCUACCAUCAAUACAUGCACCACCACCUCCAGCCCUUCCUCCUCCCCUCAGACUCCUCCUCAGGUGGCCCCUCAGGUGCCAUGGCCGCUGCACUUAUCAUCGAACCAGUGCUGCACGGGGCGGGCGGCAUGGUCAUGAUCGACCCGCUCUUCCAGCGCACGCUCGUCUCCUUCUGCCGCACCCACGCCAUCCCAGUCAUAUUAGACGAGGUCUUUGCUGGCUGCUGGCGCCUUGGCACCCAGUCAGCAGCGGAGCUGCUGGCCUGUUCCCCGGACAUUGCCUGCUACGCCAAGCUGCUGACAGGUGGCAUGAUCCCAUUGGCCGUCACGCUUGCCUCGUCCUCUGUCUUUGAUGCCUUCUAUGGCUCCUCCAAGCUUGAUGCCCUCUUGCAUGGUCACUCCUACACAGCCCAUCCUGCGGGCUGUGCAGCGGCCUGUGUUUCUCUCAAGGCGCUGUCAGACCCAGCUCGAAACCCCAACCUGCUUCCUGACGGCUCUCAGCUAAAAGAGUUGUGGGACCCCUCGUUAGUGGAGCAAAUCUCCUGCCACCCCUUGAUACAGCGCGUGCUUGCAAUAGGAACAGUCUUUGUGGCAGAGCUCAAGACUGACGCCGCAGGGUACGGCUCGUCAGCAGCCAAGGGGCUCUUAUCACGGCUGCGGCAGCACGGCAUAUACGCACGGCCUCUGGGCAAUGUGGUUUAUUUCAUGUGUGGGCCCUUCACGCCCGCCUCCACAUGCUCCCGUCUGCUGCGCAUCCUCCUAGCACUGCUUGAUUAG